GAGAGAAAUUUGCAAUUUUAAUCUAAUUAAUUUGCAUUAAAAUUGCAAAGUCACGUGCUCAACAACAAACUGUUUGGUCUGCCAUAACAACGAAAUGGCGACCAGAAAAGAACGUCACUCGCGAAUGUUGUGUUACUAAGAGGAAGAUUAGCCUUGAGUAAACUACAAGUUAAAACCAAGCAAAGAAGAGUUUAAAAUUUUCUCAUAGCAUCAAUGUUCUAAAGAUGACACUUCAGUCAUAGCUGAAUUUGUAUGAAUUUUAAAUCGUAUUAACAGGAUUGAUCGCACCGAGGAGCUCGUGAUGUCAAGAAACGGGAGAGUUCAUCCCGCGACGUCGGUCGGUAGUAGCGAUUAUGAACAUCGACGUGAUUUUAUGGAGAUGAACAGAAUGAAUCAUGUGACGAAGUCAAGGAAGAGAGCGGAAUCAGUGGAAAACUGGCAAAAGGUCUCUAAAGAAGUGGUGGUUGUUUCAAGAUGGAGAGAUUACAUGCGUUCCAUGAGGGGAUCGCAGAAGGAAACCUCUUCCGGGCUGAACAGAUCGGGGAUGUACUCGAGAGUAAUCUCGCACGUGGAAACAGAAAUGACUUGUGUACUGGAUAGUGAUGUCGAGGACUUAGGAAAUGAACGACUGGCAAUGUACGAUACUAAUGCGUACAUGAAACCAAUGCCAGCCGUGAAACAAGGAGAGCAAAUCCAUCCUGCGAUCGCAGCCAGUAGAACUUUGAUUAUUUACUUCGCCCAGCUGGCAAAAGCAAGUCUGGAACGCGAGCAGGAGCUUGAUUUCGAUUUUAUAGAAGGUCUUUUUGGGGAAGGCGCUGAUGUGAACUUCACUGAUCGGUAUGGGCAGACUGUACUGCAUGAAGUCGCUCGCAUAUGGCAUGUGGAUGUCGCCAGGUUUAUUUUGGAAAACGGCGGGGACGUGAAUAAAAGGGAUGAAUACGGACGGACACCUUUACAUGUUGCUGCAGCAGUUGAUUAUCCUGAGAUGGUGGAAUUUCUUGUCAGCAGUAAAGCUGAUCUUCAUGCAUGCACAACAGGCGAGAAUCAGACACCCACACACUAUGCAGCGAAGAAUGAUGCAGCUAGAGCCCUCAAAGUUCUACUGAAGCUUGGUGGCAGGAUGGAGGAUAGAGAUUACAAAAAGCGUACUCCUCUGCAAGUUGCAGCUGAGCUAGAUCGGUCCGAGACAGCUAAAUAUUUAAUAGAUCAAGGCGCCCCUGCAGGUGUACAGGACAAUACUGGCAGCUCAGUGAUGUCCUUUAUGAUAUCCAAGAUGCCUCCUGUGGCUAAAGAAGCUUUAGAUCAGUUCCACAGUACAGACCGUGGAAACCGCCGACAGUAUUUCUACUUGAACCAUUUAGAACCAGUCCUACCCAACGAGGAAGGCGCGUAUGUGUCGUGCGCCAGAUCUCCGCUGUACUGCGUGGUGCAUUAUAAGCAAAUGGAGCUUAUUAUGCAUCCAGUGUUUAAACGACUGAUUGAAGUAAAGUGGGAUCAGUUUGGCUGGCGUGGAACAGUUAAGAUGAUCUUCAUACACGCAUUGUUUGUCCUGCUGUGGACUGCACUGGGCGUGACGCUCCAUCUUGGAGAAGACUCUGAUUAUUACAAUCCACCUGAUGUCUAUUGGUGGCGCAUUGUUUUAGAAACUCUGGCGUGUACGAUGACUUUGUAUUUUAUUUGCCUGGAAUUUCUGGAGAUCGGUGCGUCGAAAAAGUUCCAUCAAAAGUGGAAGAAAUGGAGGAUCAGCCAGCUUGACAGAGAUCUCCAUUACUGUCACCCGCGCUGGCCAGAGGAGAGAAAAUACCUCGAAAUGGAACGAAACGAAAUCAUUGAUUCCGGAAUCUCUUACUUCAACGAUUCAUGGAAUUAUUUUGACUGGGUGACGUAUGCCUGGAUUCUGGGUAUCAUUGUGACCAGGAUUUUUGCAGUUGUCCUCAAAAAUGACUCGGCGCGUUCACUUCACCCCAAAGUGUUCGCGAUCGCCUUGAUCUUCAUCUGGCUUCGACUGAUGAAAGUUUUCCGCGGUUUUGUGACUUUAGGACCAUUCAUUGUCAUGAUCGGACAUAUCAUAGAUGAUACCCUCAAGUUUGGAUUCCUUUAUUUUGAAAUUUACGUUCCAUACGUGUGUGCUUUCUGGAUCAUAUUCGGAGGUAAAAAGAACGCCGAGAUCAUGGAAAAAGCAGGGCAAGACAGCAAAGGAUGGGCGGACUUUAACGACCUCAUGUACUCCGUGUGGCAGUUGACAGUCGUGGGGAACUACCCCUGGGAUUCCCUGCUCGUAGUGGAUCGACUGAUGGCACAAAUCCUGUGCGGAACUUAUCUAGCAGUGUCUGCUAUUGUGAUGUUAAAUCUGUUCAUUGCUCUCAUGUCUGACACGUUUCAGCGUGUCUAUGAUAACGCCAAAGCCAACGCGGCUAUGCAGCGUGCAAGCACCAUUCUCAACAUGGAAGAAAACAUGGGGGAUAAGAGUCGUGAGAUGCACAGAAGAUUUAUUCAUCAAAGACUGGCCCCAGAGGAAAUGUACUACGAUGAUGACUCCACGCAGCCAGGCUCAGGUACUCUAGAGCGCAUGACACAUCAGAUCAAAGACGUUGUUGAUGAGGUUUAUGAAAUGCUGCAAGCAAAGAGUAAUGGAACGAGCAAGGCGGACAGGAACCUGGGGCGAGAAAUUGAAAGAUUACGUUCUGACCUCGCAGUAGUAUCCAACCGACAUGAGGAGACUGUUAAAGACAUGAGAAAUGAAGUGGCGGAAAUGAAAGCUCUGUUGAUUCGAGUUUUGCAGCAGAACUCCGUCCCAUCGCUGCCUUCUAUGCGCUCACUUCAAGAUCAGCAUCACUCUCCGGAACAUCUGAACACGAACGAGGCGCGAAUGCCUACAAAAAGAUCGGCAAGCAGUCGGUCACGCCGUAAAAAGCAUCGGCGGCAAGUCAGCCACCCAAGCGACGACGAAGUCGAUCACGGGACUUACCAGGGAUUGCCGCUGGGUGAUGACACUAAAGGCGAGUCAAAUGAGUUGCCAAGUGUUCGAGUGCUGGUCUCGCGAGUUUCGAGUAGCAGACAACAUAAAGAAGAUCAGGAUCGCUCUUAAUAAUCCUCAGUAUAGAGACAAACAAAUGCGCAGCUCUAACUUAAAACCAACAUUCAAGUAACUUAUAGCUAGUUGCCAUUUCAAGUUAAUACUUGUUACUAAUUAAUUUCCAUUUUGGACGGAAAAGUAAGCAACCAAAAUAGCCUACGGAGCUGGUAGAAUCUCGCGUGCAAGAGCUUUGUUUCAGCGUCAGCGACGAGACCGUGAAGGAGUUACCUCUAACUACUUGACCAUUCACCAGUUUCCCCGCGGCUUCGCCAAUUUCGUAAGAGGCUCCGCCGCUGAAACAAAGCACUCGAGCGCGAAAUCCCACCAGCUACGUAGGCUACAAGCAAGACGUCAGAGAUGUCGCUGUGAUGACGCUAGUCAUUGGAAUCUACUUUAGGAAUACAUACUGCCCCUCUUACUCCAGAAGUGAAAGGCGACGUCUUUGUUGUGCACUUUAGGUCAAGUUACGACCAGUUACCACUUGUUUCAAGAGGAUAAAUUUAGUAGAAAGCUCAGAUAGGGGUGGAAACUCUCCUUCGGUCAGACUUUCACAUAUAGUGACUUGGAUUUAAAGGAGCUACGUCGCGGUUAGCGCAUCUCGAAAAGUUAGCCUAGAUUUUUCAAGUUCGUUGAUUGUAAUCAGUGUUCAUCUUCUCCAUCCUAAACCAUCCUUGUUCC